CAUUCUUCUUUUCCAAUUGGGCUCCUCUUUGGUUCUAUCCCCUCCAGUUCUCCAAAAUUUCCAAUAAACUCGUGGCUUUCAAUCUGAAUUUACCACUAAAAGUCGUACACCGCUAUAGCGUAAUAUUAAGGGAGCUAAUUGUAUUUGUCAUUUACCAACUGAAGAUAAAGUUGAGCUAUCCGUGCUGGCCAAUUUUUCUUGCAGUCUUGUUGGUUUGUCCAAGGAAUAUAAUUAUGCUAUGAAAGCUUGAAUUUUGCGACUACAAAAUCAUGCUCUUGUCUUCUACUCCCCUUCUCUCCAACAGGGCUUCUUUUUUCUGCCGUCCAACAUUUGGAUUGUUUUCUGCUCGGAGGAAUCUCACAGUGUCAUCUUGCUCACUUUACAAUUUGCCAAAUAAUGGAAAAUGGGCUAAAAGCAUCUUGCACUUUGAGGAGAAUGAAAGGCGGAGACUUCUCUUAGUUUUCCUGGUUGCCUCUAGCUUAUCUACAGCUUUGCCAUCCUCUGGAAAGACGAAAAAACAAAAUCCUUACGACGAGAAACGCUUACUAGAACAAAACAAGCGUAUACAGAGAGAAAAUAAUGUGCCUGAUGAUUUCCCUAAUUUUGUAAGAGAAGGUUUUACGGUAAACGUAGUGACAUCGGACAAAUAUGUUAAACGCGACUCGGGUCUCAUAUUGUGGGACAUAGCAGCUGGUACAGGUGAUUGUCCAAAGGAUGGUCAACAGGUGACAUUUCACUAUAUUGGUUAUAAUGAGUCCGGCCGCCGUAUUGACAGUACAUACUUACAAGGUUCUCCUGCAAAAGUCAGAAUGGGUACUAAUGCAUUAAUUCCAGGGUUUGAGGAAGGAAUCCGAGACAUGAAACCCGGGGGGAAACGGAGGAUAGUUAUUCCUCCGGAGCUGGGACCACCAGUAGGACCUUCCACAUUUUUCAGCUCAAAGCAAUUUGAAGUUUUCGAUGUCGAAUUACUAAGCAUUCAAGAUUGCAAGAGAAGGACCAUUGGAUUUUAUUCCGAUGUUGUAUGCAGCUGAUCAUGGCCGGUCUUCAGCCACAGGCUGACCCUUGACAACUAAACCUGAAGAGGAGGAUCACAACUGAAAUGGCGUAACUAAAUGAACUAGCAUUGAGCCAGUAAAAUUACUAAAUAUGGAGAUAUUAUAUUUAAUAAAUUUUGUAACUAAUGUUACUUCUCAAGCAUGGCGGGUCGGGCUAUCUAGAUUCAGCACGAUCAAAUCUUCCUUUUGUGCGAGUCGCUUUUAUUUUAUUAUUCGUUGUUUCAAUGAAAAGUAACGUUUAUGGUAUGUUGAGUUUGGAAAGUAGUCCAUCAAUGUGUAACGUGUGAUAUUGUCA